GGUGAUGAGACCACACAUUGAGUGGAAAUGGCAUCUGGGGACGAGGCGUCGGAGACUGACAAAGGGUUGUCCGCCGUUGCGCAGAUCUCCCACGACCUCGUGGCCACCUGCGCUCUGCAGCAGGAGGAAAUCCUUCACCUGCAGCAGACAGUGGACCAGAUGCUUGUACGGCUGCAGGCGUUGGAGAAACAGCCAGUCGCUGCAGCUGUCCCAGGGCCUUCCAACCUUGCCACCCGUGUUCAAGUUUUGGAGGAUGACGUCAGCAACAUCAAGCGUGUGCAUCAGGACUUCCGGACGUCGCAGCAAGCAACAAACUUGCAGUUGGAGACGCAGGUCCAGGCUGCUGCUACCGUGAUGCCAGCGGCCGCAUCCUCCCGACGCCCACCCAAACUGGAUGACAUUCCAGUUUUCUGCGAUCAGUCCAAGACGGAACCGAUCCCGUGGUGGCGCCAGUUCACUCUCAGGCUCGACAUGCACCACGUCCUGAACAACGAUCGACAUGCGUGCUUGUAUCACCGAUCUGGUGGUGCAUGUCAAGCAUGGUUGGACAACAUAUUGACCAGCCACGGUGUAGCAGUGUCGGAACUGCACACCAAGCUCACUUGGCAGGAACUGACUGACGCCUGGCACAAGCGAUUCCAAGUGGAGCCGCCCGACCUGCAAGCGAUGGAGAAGCUCAACAAGCUCCAUCAGAACACGCUGCUCAGUCAGGACUGGAUUACCGAGUUCCAAAGACUCGCCUCCACACCCGACCUGCCACUCGCAUUCCGCGGCGUCAAACACUUGUUCAUCAUGCGCUCGUGCCCAGCCCUGCAAAACGCGCUGAUGCAGAUCGUAGAGACACUCGACACGUCGGACAAGCUUUUCAGCAGAGCGUCACGGAUCAUUCUCACGAAUGUAGAAGCCCGCAACGCCGGUCGAUCUUCCGAGACAUCGAGCAGCAGCCAGCCCAAGCCAAAGGUGGCUUGCAUUACGGCGACUUCGCCAACUUCUUCUACCGAGGCUGCGACACCAAACGAGGGUGACAUGUUGGCAGCUGCCCGGGAUGCACCAUCCACGAUGUUGCACAUUGCCCCACCAAGGGGAAACCCCGUUCGGAAAGUAGGCGCCGCCGAGGGUGACUCGACACCUCCCUCGACGCCAUCGGAAGCCGUUGCGCGCGCGACCGCCCUUUCUUCCGAGGCAUAUGCGGAUGUCGGAAGUCUUCCACUUUCGUUCGAAGACUUCGCUGCCCGGCUCGUUCCUUCGAUGGACGCUUCUCAAGGACAAGAUACAUGUGCGGCUUUCUUACCGUCCGAAGGUUCUUCCGCCACUUCGUCUUCAUCAAGGGAUUCGGCAAGCGUGUUCAACGAGGAGGUCUUGGACCCGCUCACGCCCGAGGAUUUCGCUUGGGUUCCUCUCCCUACGACGGGCAACCUUCCGGGGCCGCAAAGCGCAGCCCUAUGCGCCCUCUUACACGAGUAUCUUUCCUUCCAUGCACCACCAACUUCGCCGACGGUAGACGAAGUCGCGGUGGGGGACAUGCUUGGCUAUGUUGCCAAGGUGGCCCGCGAGUUUGUCUCGCAACGGUAUGAAGAAAACAACGCACCGUUGCUCUACGUCCGCAUUCAAAUUGGGCAAGCGGCCUGCAACGCUUUGCUAGAUUGCAGCGCAUCUCGCAACUUCAUCAGCCAGUCCUUCAUGACUCGGGCUGGCCUUGGCGCACAAGUACGAAGGAAGUCACAUCCGACGACGGUCGCUCUUGCCGACGAUAAGAGACGAAACAACUUUUAGACCGUUACAUCUCGGCUGUCCCGGUGUACUUUGCACCGCACGC